AUGGGCAAACGCGAACGGUCAACUUUAUUACCAAAUAAUAUUCCACAACUACAAAAUCUUAUCAAACGUGAUCCACUUUCAUAUAAAGAAGAUUUUUUACAACAAUAUAGACAUUAUGAAUCUCAAUUAACCAUUCUUCAGCUGAAACCAGAUGAAGAAGCAGAAGAAUUCGGAAAUUUGGUUACUUUUAUUUCACAG